AUGGAUUUUCCAGGACACUUUGAGCAAAUCUUUCAGCAGCUCAACUACCAGAGGCUUCAUGGGCAGCUUUGUGACUGUGUCAUUGUGGUGGGAAACAGGCAUUUCAAAGCCCACCGCUCUGUUCUGGCAGCAUGUAGCACACAUUUCCGAGCUCUGUUUACUGUAGCAGAAGGAGAUCAGACUAUGAAUAUGAUUCAGCUGGACAGCGAAGUGGUGACAGCAGAAGCUUUUGCUGCUCUGAUAGACAUGAUGUAUACUUCCACACUAAUGCUUGGGGAGAGCAAUGUUAUGGAUGUCUUGCUGGCUGCUUCUCACUUACAUUUGAACUCUGUUGUUAAAGCAUGCAAACACUACCUUACUACCAGGACGCUGCCGAUGUCUCCACCAAGUGACAGAAUUCAAGAGCAAAAUGCGCGCAUGCAGAGGUCUUUCAUGCUCCAGCAGCUUGGACUGAGCAUCGUGAGCUCUGCCUUGAAUUCCACUCAGAGUUCAGAGGAACAAUCAAAAACUAUGAGCUCCUCAAUGAGAAGUAACAUUGAGCAGCGCACUACUUUUCCUAUCCGUCGUCUCCACAAACGUAAACAGUCUUCUGAGGAUCGGGCCAGGCAGCGCAUCAGGCCUGCCAUGGAUGAGUCUGUUUCCGAUGUGGCUGCAGAGAGCGGGCAGUCAGUGGUUCAUUCACGGGAAGAUUUCUUCUCACCAGAUUCACUGAAGAUUGUGGACAACUCUAAGGCUGAUGCUGUUGGUGAUAACCAGGAGGAUAAUACUAUUAUGUUUGAUCAGUCUUUUGGUGCUCAGGAAGAUGCUCAAGUGCCCAGCCAGUCUGACAACAGCGGAGGAAACAUUUCACAGCUGUCCAUGGCGUCCCAGGCAACGCAGGUUGAAACCAGCUUUGACCAGGAGGCUGCUUCUGAGAAGAACAACUUCCCAUGUGAGAAUCCAGAGGUCAGUCUGAACGAAAAAGAGCACAUGAGGGUGGUGGUGAAGUCUGAGCCCCUGAGCUCCCCGGAGCCGCAAGAUGAGGUGAGCGAUGUCACUUCGCAAGCGGAGGGCAGCGAGUCUGUUGAAGUGGAAGGAGGAGUAGUGAGCGCAGAGAAGAUAGAACUGAGUCCCGAGAGCAGCGAUCGUAGCUUUUCUGACCCUCAGUCCAGUACUGAUAGAGUGGGAGACAUCCAUAUUAUGGAGGUGUCAAAUAACCUGGAACACAAGUCCACUUUCAGUAUCUCAAAUUUUUUAAAUAAAAGCAGAGGUGGUGGCUUUGGUGCUAGUCAAAACAGCGAUGACAACAUUCCAAAUACCACCAGUGACUGCAGAAUGGACAGUGAUGCCUCUUACCUGAUGAGUCCAGAGUCGGGGCCUGCUGGUGGCCACUCGUCUGCCACCGUGUCUCACGUCGAGAAUCCGUUUAGCGAGCCUGCAGACUCUCAUUUUGUCAGACCAAUGCAGGAUGUGAUGGGUCUCCCCUGUGUACAGACUUCCGGGUACCGGGCGGCGGAACAGUUUGGCAUGGAUUUUCCACGGUCGGGCUUGGGCUUGCACUCCCUGUCGAGGGCGAUGAUGGGCUCGGUAAGAGGUGGAGCUAGCAGCUUUCCUGGCUACCGCCGCAUAGCUCCCAAAAUGCCUGUUGUGACCUCUGUCAGGAGCUCCCAGCUGCAGGAUAACUCGUCCAGUUCCCAGCUGAUCAUGAAUGGGACCACUUCUUUUGAAAACGGGCAUCCAUCGCAGCCUGGUCCGCCACAGCUGACGAGGGCAUCUGCAGAUGUCCUUUCGAAAUGCAAGAAGGCCUUAUCCGAGCACAACGUCUUGGUUGUGGAAGGUGCGCGCAAGUAUGCGUGCAAGAUCUGCUGCAAGACGUUUUUGACCUUGACAGACUGCAAGAAGCACAUCCGCGUGCACACGGGAGAGAAGCCUUACGCCUGCCUGCGGUCCAGCCAGUCCAGCCACCUCUACAAGCACUCCAAGACCACCUGCCUGAGGUGGCAGAGCAGCAACCUGCCCAGCACUUUGCUUUAA